GGCAAAUUUACCCAAUAGAAGAACCAGUCCAAGGCUCAGGGCCAGAGGGACUUUAAUUAAAAAGGAAAACAAACAGGAAAACAAAGCAUAUAAACCCUACAAACCUUACAAACAGUAUCCACCGGAAGACAAACGAAAAGCAAUAGAGGAUGUUGAAAAUGGUAGAUGCUCUGUUAAAGAAACGGAAAAAAAUACGAGGUGCACUCGGAAAUUCUCUACGCAAAACUUGCAAAAAGGCCCCAUUAAAAAGUAAAGAAAACUUGGGUAUGUCCCUCGUAAUUACGUAGGGACAAACUGUGAGUCAGCAGUAGGUGUUGAGUAUUCUGAAGAACGUGCACACGCUCUACUGCAAAAUCUACGCUCCUUUGUAUAAAAGGCAUGUUUUACACCAAUAGCACCACAUUUUUCACAAACAGCUAUACCAUCUUUGCGAAUAGGAAUGAAAUUUAGAUCAGUAUGAGGUUGAUAAGCAAUUGGUACAGAGCAGUACAGAGCAGUACAUGGGCCAGACACUUAAAAAAUGGAGAGAUGCUGGCAGACGAUGCAAUUCAUUUGUUAAUAAAACAUUAUUUUCCACGUGAACUGGAAGAAACAGUCAAAAUAUGUGUCCCAGAGACGUUACAAAUGUUAAUUGCAGCGCAAACAAGGAAACAACCAUCAUGCGUGAUUCGUAAGAAUCUACAAAAUACGAAUUAUUGCAUCAUAUGUGAUGUAAUGGAGUAAGUAAUUAUCCGUGAUAAAAUUAAAUUUCUCUAAAAUUAUAGAUUAAAAUAAUUAAAAUCGUGGAGACUUCGCUUCCCUGGUCCGGAAUUUGCUCGGACCGAUUUACGGCGACAGUAUUAUGAAUCUUCUGAUAAAACAAGCACGGGAUAUCCUAGUUUGCGGUUAUCAUGGCAACAUGGAGAAUUUCGUCCGGACUUAUCUCUCACCUGCUGCAACGCUGCUAGCGAAAGUCAAGAAUGUCGCCGCCUCCGAAACGGGAAACGAGGCGGUGGUGCCGGAGGGCUGGCCUCUAAUAUUAGGCAGCAGCGGCCUGAUCCUGCAACUGGGUGAGCUCGAGAUGUCUGCGCUGCGUCUCGGGGAAUGUUACCUUUGGGUACGCAGCGCGGCUGCUGCAACUGCAACUGCAACCACCUCGUAUGAGAACGUAUUUUGCUCAUUGCUCCCUAAGAAUCUUGAAAUCUACAAUCGACUUCUAAAUACGUCCUCCUGUCUCUUAAAUUAUAUUAGAAGACCUGUCACAUUGGCGCAGUCCAUGUGCGCAUCCCAAAAGUCUUCCAAUUUCUCUUAAAAAAUUUGGAGACAUCGUUUAGGAUGUAGAAUUGAAAAACAUGCGAGAUUUAUUGAAUUACAUUAAAGUAAGUAAUUUUAACUUUGGACCAACGGCUUAACGUCUCUUUCCGAAAAACGGAGCCCAGUUUGCUCCGCACAA